UCAUGGAUUCAAACACCAAAUCCUAUAGCUUUACGCUUUCUGACGAGUACCGCGAGCUGGCUCGUAAGGAACUACGCGAAGACGAUGAAAUCCGAAAGCAAACCCUUAUACAAAUGCGUGAAUGGAUAGAGAAGAAUCCGUACAUCAAAAAGUGUCGCACCGACAACACAUUUUUACUCAAAUUUUUGCGGGCUAGAAAGUUUUCCGUUCCACAAGCAACGGAGGCGCUUGAGCGAUACUUGGUUGCGAGGCAGAAAUUUCCGGAAUGGUUUCGUAAAUUAGACCCAUUGGAACCGACAAUGAAUGACAUCAUAAAAGAUGGACCAUUAGUGGUCCUUGGGCGCGAUCAACACGGCAGAACGGCCAUCCUAAUUCGUUACAGUCGAUUUAACGUGGACCAAGUGACCCCGCAAUCCUUAUGCCGAUAUGUGUUGAUGAUGAUGGAAGUCCUAUCGGAGCAGGAAGAAUUUCAGAUCGCUGGAACUCGCCUGUGGGAGGAUCACAGUGAUAUGACGAUGAAGUUCGUAGGAAUGUUCAGUUUAACGGAGCUCAGUUCGAUAUUGCAGGUCCUGAUGAAAUCGAUGCCGGUUCGCAUUCGACAAAUCAACUGGAUCAACCUGCCGAAGUUUGCCGCUACGGUGGCUAAUUUCGCCCGGGCCUUCGUGAGCGGUAAAUUGAGCGAGCGAAUUCUUGUUCACGCUACGGUACAUGAGUCUAAGCAAGACCUACAAGAAUCACUGUGGCCACAAGAGUAUGGUGGAAUGGUUGACGUCAAACUGCAUAAUCGUGAAAUGAUGGCACUGCUAGAACAGAAACGAGAGUUUUUGCUGUCAUUGGAUGAAAUGGAAAUCGACGCCGAUCACUAUAUGAAUUUAUGGAAUAAAAACGAAUUGAAUUCUACGGAAGAAAUUGACAGUGGCGUGAUCGGUAGCUUUCGCAAGCUAAAUGUUGAUUAGUUCCAGUGAAUUGAAAUUAGGAUCAAAUCUACCGAAAACUGAUGCAAACUUGAGCAUCAGGUUUCCAACCAUUUGUAAAACAUGAAG